GUAGCGGCCCGCGAGCGCGCAUCUAUUUCACAUUUCGCGUAUUUCGCGGGCUUUUGUUUUUUCUUGGAAAACGCGACCAGGCCCACUUCAGCACGAAAUAAAUGCCUCAUUCGGAGGUUAUUUAAGAUUCCCUACAACCUUCUAAUUCUGAUGUUUGCGAUUCAAGCAAUAAUUAAAGAAUUCACUAAUUCAAAGCAAUUAAUUAAUACUUCGUGGUGAAAAAAAUACUGGCUGUCAGUACACGUGGCUGUCGCUACUAUACAAUCGGUGCGAUUUCUCUAGAACACUUUGGUUUUUUUUUUUUUUAUUAAUCUUUGUCGAAGUCAGAUCACGGGCGCCGCGUGGUACCGGCACGAUGAUGACUGUGGUUCACGAAACAUGGGCCCCUCACGCAGGUUAGUAAACGCAGUGUUUAUAGCAUUUGCUCAGAUUUUGUUCGGCCGGCUCCAGCCCCGGUGCUUUUUCUCAGUGUUCAUUCGUGCACUAAUGUUCAUAGACCUAUACGGCGAAGGCGACGCCAUUUAAACUUGCUGCGUUAUUGUUCACUUUACUUCUGCUCCUACUAUCACGUGGUGACGUAAAGCAGCAACCCAGCUGCACAAAAGGAUAUAAUGGCUGAACUAGCAACAAUAGAAAAAUACCAGGCCGAAAAUAAAGAAACGGUAUCAAACAUAAAUAGACGGCCUCCUACUCUACAUUCGUGUGUUCGCACCCUGCUUCACCGCCACAAUACGGUGUAAGAGGAGACAAGUGUGGAGGUACUACGUUCUGCGUAAGUUGUUUCUGUAAACUGCGCUAAAACAUCGACAUUGAAACUAGAGGACGAGGGUUGUUAAGAAGCGACAUCUACAGCAGUACUGAAAAAAAGAAGCCCUAUUUUAGGCAAAAUUCCGCUUUAUUCGUAAACUAUCGCGUUUGAAUGUUUUAACGUUCGGCUAGGGAGCACGGAUACGCCUUAAAAGCAUUUAUUUGCAGUUAUAUCGCAAUACGUGACUCGUGGGAACCGUUUUUCAUAAAGCAGACAUUCAAUAGGUGCGGCCCGGCUGUGGACAUGAGGACCUCAUUUGUAACCCUGUUGCUCCCUGCAUUCAUCGCGAUCCUAGAGCUGGUGUCUGGUAUGUCUAUGCCAGGUGUACUACCACACCCCCAUCCCGGCAAUCACCCCGAAGUUGCAGUCACUUUGAUGCACCAUCAUCCCGCUAGCCACCAUCGUCUUGGUGAUCACCACUAUCCCAAUAAUCACCAUGACCUCGAUCAUCACCACGAAGAGGCCGCUGUCAUUGCGGCCGCUGGACUUCAUACAGACAGUCAUGCUGCGCACCAUCAUCAGGAACACUACGAAGGAGGUGCCUAUGGUUGCCCACUUUUCGGAUUUGCGUGCACUAUUCACUGCCGGAGCUUUGGACACCACAGCAGCUACUGCGGUGGCCCUCAUCUAGGAAGGUGUAUCUGCACUCACUAGUGAUACUGAAGUAGUGUACAGUGCCAGAAUAUCAUACAUGCACGUACAACUUCUCUACAGACUCUCCCGCCAAGAAAGGAUUCUUUAUUACGUUUUUAACAGAGUAUGAACUGUUAAACUGUUAUGUGAACGAGAAAUCAGAUACACGAUUCGACAGUUCAUGCAUACGCGACUGCCACGAUUGGCCUACCCCUCUAGGAAUCGUCUGGAUGUUGACGUGCAAGUAUAUUUUUUGAAGGUAUUGCCGGCAUGAUAGAUUUACGUGAACCUUUAAAGCUGCAUUUGAGGAACAAUUGCUUUAUUAUUGUAUUCUGUCACAUACCUUUGUGUGCACCUGUAUCCACUCUUCAGUUACGAGUAAAGGUGUUGCAUGCUGUGCUACCUACAAA